AUGUUUCCGAAGGAGCCCGUCAAUUUCGGUAACUCUUUCACUGUAUCGACUCCACCUGCUGAAUUAGCAGUGGCUGUUAACGACAGAGCUCUACGGGAACCAGAGGCUGUGAUUAAACUGAAACCUAUUGAUUUUUCAGUUUCUUCCAAUAUAACUGAAUUUGCACAUCACGUUCCUGGAUUGAUGUUCAUUUCAAUACGAUUCGGAUGCUUGAAGUUUGCAGUUGUCAUCUGUACGAAGGAAGAAGGGUUCUCGAAAGGAUCACAUUUGGAGUUGCCGAUUUCGUGGAGGCGUGUGAUUCGUAAGGACAACUCAAGCGCCAAUGUCGAAGGAGAUGUUGUGCAACGUGCCAUCAGAUGUGGAGAUGAAAUUAUUCUCAAAGCGACGGCCUCAUCACCGUCAACCCCCACAGAGACCGCCGCCAAAGAACCCGUGGAUCUUUCUCUCGAUGCAAAAUCAUCGUCAGAUGUGGUGACGGACUUCACCGGAGACCCCGAUGGAUUUUCAUGUGCACGUUGUGGAAAAGUCUUCAGCUACUCCUAUUAUCGUGAUAAACAUCUCAAAUAUACACGAUGUGUGGAUAAUGGUGACAGGAAGUUUCCUUGCUCGAUUUGUCCAAGGUAA